UCAUUUCAUUUCAACAAAUUAACUUUUUUCACUAUGGCUAAACUCUCCGUUAUCAUUCUAUUCCUCUUUUUCACCCUCUCACUUGCUCGUACUCCGUUGACUGAACCGGAAAAUGACGUCACUCACCUCAAGCUCCCCUCGGAAAAUGACGUCAUCCGCACCAAACAUCACGUGCCGUUAACCUUAGUUAGAUUCCGUCCGAUCAACCGUCAUUUCCGUCUGCAAUCAAAUUUACCGUUCCGCCUAUGUCGUCACCACCGGAAUCCGGUAUUUAAACAUCAGAUCCCUUACGGUAAUAAUAAUAAUGAUAUGAUACUUUCGGCGAAGAAAAAUAACAUUGACUUUGAUAAGUUUGUGUACCGUAUCGGCGUGCAACAGAUUCCAUCAGAUCGGUUCAAUUUCCAUCACCACUACGAUGAUCACAAAGAGAAGAAGAUUUGGAAGUUUCUAGAAGAUCGUGAGAUGUUACGGAAAAUGAAAUCGAAGGAUCAAUCACCUCACCACCACCACCACAACCACGAUGACAAUGAAGAAGAAGACGAUGAUCGCGAACAGAAGCGCGAAGAUCAAGGUGGAGAACUGAACCAAGAAUUCUCUUUAAAUCAAUUCCAUGCUCAUCAUGUUGAUGAUGAUGAGGCUGACAAAAGAUCAAAGCUUUAUGCGAAGCGCUAUGGUGAAGAUCAUUAUAGCUUCGAUAGAAUGAAAUUAAGGAAGCGUUUUCAUUAUAACAAUGGUGAAGCAGAGGAAGAAAAAGCUAGGGAAGCGAAUAAGUGGCAUAAGAAGGAAGAGAAGAAAGGUGGAUUCAUGAGAAGUGUUCGUAAGUUCCUGCAUAACUACUUUGAUUGAAGCGUAUAUGCUAACGUUUUGUAUAAUGUAUAAUAGAACUAUAUAAGUAUUUAUAUGUGUGUUAUUUUGGUUUGUUUUGAUGUUGUUUGUAAAUAACUUUGCAUCCAUGUGGGAUGUAGUAAGAACUAGAAAGUAUACUAAUUAUUACUAUAUGAAUACGUUUUGGGAAUAUGUUGCCAUAUGAUUGUACUAGACAUUUGUAAGUCUUGGCUUAUAUAUACAGAAAAACUUUGUUUAA